UUUACACAAAAAUGGGUUUUACUGACAAUGCAGACGCACAUGUCAGCCCUUCACCUGAAGUGACCUCAGCGAUGACGACGGUUUCGUUGAUAGAAUGUCGGUCGCCGGUGUCGCUGCGGUCGUGCGGUUCCUCCGUCGGCAGCCUAAAGAACCCCCGUCGUCUUUAGUGACACCGAUGACAGAGUUAGCGUCCAGGGAACGCUCUGUUGUGGAGAUGACACCCGUAAUGAGUCCCGAGGAGCACUUUCACGAGAACGGUCACGUGCCAGCAACGCCGGUUGCAAACGUGAACGGUCACGUGAUAGCAACGCAAGUUGAUUACGGCAAAGAAAAGUCGGGAAACCCCAUCGGCAUCGUUAUUUCUCCGUCGGAGAAUGGAAUUACAGAAAAGAAGUCUGCACCAAGCCGGUCCAUGGUUUCUACCGACGACGGAAAGGAGAAGGCAAAGGAGAAAAAGGAGGGUGAACCCAUGGUCGGAUUGUUCGAGUUGUUCCGGUACGCAAAGAAGCUGGACGUCUUCUUCAUGAUCGUCGGCAUUAUCGCAGCCCUCGGUAACGGUUCCGCCUUCCCUCUAAUGGUCAUUGUGUUCGGGCAGAUGAUUGACGGGUUUGUCAACUCGGGCCUGUUUUCCGGAGUGGUCGAACAACUAGACGCACUUGGGGUGCUCGCCAACCUCUCGUUGUCACAGGCGCAAGUCAUAGAGAACCCGGAUCUGUUGGAUGGCAAAAUCGACAUAAUAAAGGCAUAUGAUGUCAACAACACAAUUAGGCUUGACGUGAUUCAAUCGUCUAUAGAUAACGACUUGUUAGAGGUUAUGCAAACAUACGCUUUCUAUUUCAUUGGUAUAGGAUGUGGUGUGGUUGUUCUUGGGUACCUACAAGUGACGUUAUGGAUGUUGGCCUCGGAGAGACAGACCCACAGAAUCCGGACCAUGUUCUACUCCAACAUCCUGCGUCAGAACAUUGGCUGGUUUGACGUGAAUGAGUCCACGGAAUUGAAUUCUAGACUCACCAGCGACAUCUCAAAGAUUCAUGAUGGAAUAGGAGACAAGGUUGGAGCAUUCUGUCAAUGGAUGUCAGCCUUUUUGAUAGGAUUCAUAGUUGGCUUUAUAUAUGGCUGGAAGCUCACACUAGUCAUCUUGGCCAUCAGCCCUCUCUUGGCUGGUUCAGCUUUUGUUAUGACAAAGCUGGUGGGUAUAACCUCUAACCUGGAGCUGAAGGCAUACGCCAAGUCUGGGGCUGUGGCAGAGGAGGUGCUGGGAGCCAUAAGGACAGUGGUGGCAUUUGGGGGACAGAAGAAGGAAUGCGAAAGGUACAAUGUACAUCUGGUUGAGGCGAGGGACCUAGGAGUGCGUAAGGGGUUCAUAGGGGGCCUGUCGCUGGGUAUCGUGUGGCUUAUUGUGUUCUGUGCGUAUGCCCUGGGCUUCUGGUAUGGAGCAAAGCUCUCCAGAGAAGAACCGGGAACCUACACGAUAGGAGUCGUGACGAUUGUGUUCUUUUCUGUCAUGAUCGGUGCUUUCUCCCUGGGGAGUGCUGUGCCGCACUUGCAAACCUUGGCCACGGCAAGAGGGGCAGCCUACUACGUGUACCAGCUAAUCACCAUGGAUCCCCCAAUAGACAGCUAUUCCACAGAGGGGAAGAAGCUGGACAACUUUCAAGGAAAUGUUCAGAUCCGCGGCGUUCAUUUCCGGUACCCGUCCAGGCCGGAAGCAAAGAUCCUCCAUGGAGUGAACCUUCAGAUCCAGCGAGGUCAAACGGUGGCCCUGGUGGGCUCCAGUGGCUGUGGGAAGUCCACCAUUGUUCAGCUGCUGCAGCGCUUCUAUGAUCCAGAGGAGGGGCAGAUUCUCAUUGAUGGAGUGAAUCUCAAGGACAUCAACCUAAAGUGGUGGCGGGAAAAUAUCGGCAUUGUGAGUCAGGAACCAGUGCUGUUUGGAACCACGAUAGAGGAGAACAUCCGCUAUGGGCACCUGGAUGUUACCAAGGAAGACAUAGAACAGGCGGCCAAGAUGGCCAAUGCACAUGACUUCAUCAUGGAUUUGCCACAGAAAUAUGAGACGCUGGUAGGUGAACGUGGUGCCCAGCUAAGCGGUGGACAGAAGCAGCGUAUUGCCAUCGCCCGAGCCCUUGUGCGCAAUCCCAAGAUCCUCAUGCUUGACGAGGCCACGUCAGCACUUGAUACGGAGAGUGAAGGGGUUGUACAGGACGCACUUGAAAAGGCUAGUCACGGAAGGACCACCAUUGUUAUAGCACAUCGUCUUUCCACCAUCAAGACAGCUGACAUGAUCGCUGGCUUCAAAGAUGGCGUCGUAGCAGAACAGGGCACCCACAACGAACUGAUGAGCAAACAAGGCAUCUACCAACAACUGGUCACUCUGCAGAGUAUGAAGAGUGCUGAUGAUAAUGAAAUUGAAGAUUUCAACAGAGAUGACACCAAACGACCGUCGUUACGCCACCAGAAGAGCACAAUAGACAUGACCCCGAAGAAGCUUGCCCAAGAUAAAAAGGAGGAAAUUAAAGAAGAGGAAAAGGGAGAAAAAGAAGAAGAGGUUGACGCCUCUCUUGGACGUAUUCUUAAAUUGAACAAAUCAGAGGCACCAUUCAUUGUCAUGGGAUGCUUUGCCAGCUUGGUUAAUGGCGGAGCUAUGCCCGCCUUUGCUGUGAUCUUUUCAGAGAUUCUCGGGGUGUUCGCAAUCCUAGAUGAGGGGGAACAGGAGAGGAAAAUUAUUCAGUAUGUUCUGAUGUUUGUUGGCGUUGGAGUGAUCAGUCUUAUAGCCUAUUUUGUACAGGGAUACAUGUUUGGUCGUUCGGGAGAGUAUUUGACAUUGAGGCUUCGAUCAAUGAGCUUUAAAGCCAUGCUAAGACAGGAAAUCGCCUUCUUUGAUGACCAUAACAAUAGCGUGGGAGCCUUGACAACCAGGCUGGCAACGGACGCAUCACAAGUACAAGGGGCUGCAGGCAUCAAACUCGGGUCAUCCCUCAUGGCCUUUUGCAGUGUGGUGACUGGGAUCGUGAUCGGAUUUGUGUUCAGCUGGAAAAUAACGCUGCUUGUAAUAGCCUUCCUGCCCUUUGUCAUGAUUGGAGGAGCGCUGGAAAUGCAGAUGAUGCAGGGGGCUGCGGGCAAAAACAAAGAGGCUCUUGAGUCAGCUGGAAAGAUUGCGAUAGAAUCCAUUGAGAACAUUCGCACAGUUGCUUCUCUCACAAGAGAAGAUAUGUUCCAGAAAAAGUUCAACCACGAACUUCAAAUGCCAUACAACAUUGCGCUGAAAAAAGCCCAUUUGAUUGGAAUUGGAUUUUCCCUGUCUCAGGCUGUUAUGUUCUUCGCGUACGCUGCUUCCUUCUGGUUGGGCGCAUACUUGAUAAAGCAGUCCGAAGUGGAUUAUGUGGAUGUAUUCAAGGCAUUCUCUGCGAUAUUGUUUGGAGGAAUGGCUAUAGGCAAUGCGAGUGCGUUCGCCCCUGAUGCUGCCAAAGCGGAACAAUCCGCCAAGGAAAUCUUUAAACUGAUUGACAAGAAACCAGACAUCGACAACGAAUCAGAAAAGGGCGAACAACUUCAUACAUUCACAGCAAAUCUCAGCUUCGCGAAUAUCAUAUUCCGCUACCCCACCCGCCCAGACACCACUAUACUGAAGGGGCUCGACCUUGAGGUUCCACAAGGUCAGACAGUGGCCCUUGUUGGCAGCUCAGGUUGCGGAAAAUCUACCACUGUACAGCUCACAGAGAGGUUUUAUGACCCUGCAGAUGGAAUUGUGAGCCUGGACGGACACAAUCUUAAGGACCUCAACCUGCAGUGGCUGCGCUCACAGAUUGGCAUCGUUUCCCAGGAACCCGUGCUGUUUGACCGAACCAUCGCAGAGAACAUCGCCUAUGGCGACAACUCAAGGGAGGUAACCAUGGACGAGAUCAUUGAUGCAGCACGCAAGGCUAACAUACACAACUUCAUCGCAUCUUUACCUGAUGGUUACAAUACCAGCACAGGAGAAAAGGGGGCCCAGCUAAGUGGAGGUCAGAAACAACGGGUUGCAAUUGCACGCGCUCUGGUGCGGAAUCCAAAAAUUUUACUCCUUGAUGAGGCCACAUCUGCCUUGGAUACAGAGAGUGAAAAGAUUGUUCAAGAAGCGCUGGACAACGCUCGCGCAGGUCGCACCUGCAUCACAAUCGCUCAUCGGUUAUCGACCAUACAGAAUGCGGACAAGAUCUGUGUGAUACGGCACGGCGUUGUCACAGAACAAGGUCGCCAUGGUGAACUGAUGCAAAAGCAGGGCUUCUACUACAAGCUUAACAUGGCACAGGCCCGCAAGAAAUGAUCAUUUAAGAAAAUUAAAUGUUUGACUGUCAUGUAAGACGAAUUGCCAUGCAUGCUAAAUAUUCAUUUGAUAACUUUUAUAUUUAUUUGAGAUUGAAGAGUGUACAAGAUGUGUAUAGUAAUUAAGAGAUUUAACAGCAUGUUCCUUAAUAUCUGUCCAAAAUAUUUUAUAAAUUCUGCAGAGAUACCAUCAGAUCCUGGAUUUUUAUUAUUGCCAUAUCUUACAAUGCUUUAGCGCAUUCAUGCUGUGAUAGAUACUUCUGUUCAUUUUGCGUUUGUUCUUGACAUAUUUUAGUGCGUAUGUUAGUAAAGAAACGUUCAUAAUUGUUGUUUUUCUAUAUUGGUGUAUGUUUUAUACAGAAUUCUAUAAAAGUUUGCUGUGUGAUUUAGUAUCUCUUUUUGGUCUUGUAUUAUGCAAUCCACUGUGCCUUACUUUUUGAGUCUAUCAGUUGUUUGCAUAUAUAUCUAAAUCAUUGCAAUUUAUUGUUAGUUGUUGUUCUAACUCUGUAAUUCUUGACUUAGGUGUUUCUUCCUGUUCCUUUUUCAUUCUUUUUUUGCUGGCAUAUUUAAUUGUUUCGUCUCGAAUGCUCCCUUUAAUUAUUUCCUAUAAAGUAUUUGGAUUAGCUUCGCGAUUGAUAUGUGUGAUUUCCGAUAUAGACGCACUGUGUUAUUCUUGUUCCAAUAAAUAUGAAUUAUGUAUUUAAAAAUACCCCGGACCUCUGAAAUAUGAAUGUAGAUUUAAUUGAUAUAAUUUAAUGGUCCGAUUUGAACCCUGUGGAAAUAUUGCAAUCUGCGAGACAGUUUACAAUGCCCUGAGAUAUUAAACAAUUAUCUAAGCGACACAAUAUAGGCGGUCGAGUAUUUGAGUGCCAUGUGUAAGUUUGUUUUAAUUGGAUUUUUAAAACGCCAUAUAUCACAUAUUUCAUUGUUUUCUAUUAUUUCUUUUUCGUUACAUUUUUUAUUUGUAUCUGAUCGAUCGUUCAGUUUAUCUAAAUUAUAGUUAAUAACAGUGUUAAAAUCCCCACCAAGGAUUAGUGAAUGAUCAUUAAACUUCUGUAUAUUUAUAUCCAAGGUGUUAAGAAAAUCCGUAUUAUCUGUAUUAUUUAGAGUUAUCUGUUUUGCUUUUGUUGUAUUGUCCAUUUCUCAUGUGCAGCACAAUGUAUAACUCAGAAAGUAUAUAUAUAUAUAGGAGGUUUUCAAAUGAAUCUUAAUAUAAAAGAGUGAUGGAUUGUUGAGAAAAUGCAAUACAUUCUGCAGUAUAUACUAUAUACAGAGUUAUUGCCAUAUGUUUCCUUUUUUAGGUCCCAAGCAAAAUUAAAGUAUUGAAAGGAAUACAAUAAAACUUCAUACACUGCAGGUUAACGAUGACCUUUUUGUUCAAUUUUUGCAGAUAUAUUGCCCUUAGUUAAUUUUCUUGUGCACUUGGAGUUGUUUCCCUUGAUACAUUUUUGUGCAGAUCACAAUUAACAAUAUCAUUUUUGUGCAGAUUAAAACUCAAAAAGGCUCUAAGGGAUUCAAACAAAACUUCAUACAAGGACUGACAUGAAGUGCGGGGCGCAUGAACCGGAAUUCUUUUCUUAAUACUUGUUUUUAUGCACCCGGGUCGAAUGAUCGGGUGUAUAUUGUUUUGGCCUGUCUGUCUGACACUGUAUGUGUGUGUCCGUGUGUCUGUCACAAAACUUUAACAGUGGUCAUAAAUUUUGCAAUAUUGAAGAUAGCAACUUGAUAUUUGGCAUGCAUGUGUAUCUCAUGGAGCUGCACAUUUUGAGUGGUGAAAGGUCAAGGUCAUCCUUCUAGGUCAAAGGUCAAAUAUAUGACUUCAAAGCGGCGCAGUAGGGGGCAUUGUGCUUCACAAACAAAGCUCUUGUUUCUUUAUGGGGUUAAUUAUUUUUCAUUUUCAUUUUCAAACCAUGACUUCUAGUAUGAAAUUGAUUGUAAAGAAAUUUCGUAUUUAAUAGAGAGGAAGUUUUCUGUUGUGAACAAAUAAGUAAAUCUUGCGGUUUUUGCAUACUUUGAUGUUCAAUUUAAUAAUACUUUCAGUGAUUUAUUUUGCCCUAUUGGGAAAAGUACCGGUACCUUCCCACUUUGAAAAAAUUUGCACGGAAACCCCUGUAAUUGACAUUGGGAUAAUUUGCGUCGUAAAGUCUUCAUAUUGGGAAUUCGGUGUAUUUGAUUGUUUUGCUCGCAAAUACUUUAAAAUUGAUAAAUUAAUGUUGUCAAUAUAAUAUUUACUUAGGUUCAAGCCAUAGAACUGCACAGAGAAAGUACAUAAUGUUGCAUUUUAUUUUAUUUUUCGACACCUUCAAUUGGUUUUUUUUUACAGCAAUUGGGAAAUGUUUAGUUUUUUCCUACUUUGGAAAGUGCCGUUUUCCGGUACUUUAUAACGAAGGAAAAAAAUGACUGACUUUAAGGGCAUGCAGCACUUACAUAGACAGCACUUGUUACUUUUAUGUUCAGACAUUUUCUUACACAUAGGGUGCUAUAUUAGAAUCUCAUAAGAACAAUUGUAUUAUAUGAUUUGUAUUAUAUGAUUGUAUUACCUGAAACUGUUUGUAUUAUUAAAUUAUGAAGGUAGCAAAAUUAAAUUUAGAAAAGAUGAACACAACUAGUCACUAAUCCGUUACUUCUUUUAAAUAGUUUUGAAACUCUAUCGUGUAUCUUUUUUUAAAUAUAUACUAUCUUUUUCUUGACCAUGUUUUAUCUUUAACAUCAUCUAACUAUAGGCUGAUCAAUAUAACAACUAGUUCUUGCAUAAAGUAUCAUUAUACGAUUGUACUACAUUCUACUGUGUGGAAUUGAGUGUACACUUUCGACUCCUUACUCAUGUUUUAAAGAAUUAUUCACUGUUGUUUUUUGUACGUGUUAUAAUAAAAUUAUUGAUUUUAA